AUGCCCUCACUUUGCGACCCAUCGGAGUAUCUGUCCAGUCAGCAGAUACCACCAAGGCCGUCUAUCAACUUCAUCCCCUACGACCCCAUUUCCAUUGAGAUACCUAUGGAGGCCUUCUACCGCGAGUACCGGGUAGAUUCACCGGGAAGGAUAGUGAAGUAUCGCUAUGUUACUACGCCAUCUGCCGUGGCGUGCAGAAUCACAGUCGUUUCGCUUUCUACCAUCAUAAACUGGCGGGCGGGUAUCUCCGAACUGGCACCUCCGGGUGCUCUCUUCAACAAAACAGAUGGUCUGUACUAUCAAGACGAGGUCGUUCCGUCACAAGGCCAAACGCCACCCGACAACAAGCCAUCAUUCGAGUCAUUUGUUCGACGAGUAAACUCACACGCUCCUACUACCGUACGGAAUCCACUGACGGCUCAUGACGAAGCUCAGUCCGCCCCCGACGGCAAGCCAACGUUCGAGUCAUGUGUUCGACGACUGAAGUUACAUUUUUCGACUGCUGUACAGCAUCCGCCGAUGUCUCAUGCCGAAACUCAGUCCGCCCCCGGCUUCGUAGCAGGCCAUGUCCAACGCACUGCGGAAGGUCCCUUGUCCGACGAGCAACUCCAUCCGACUCCUUCAGGCAAGGAAGAAGGCUACAAAGCCGCCGAAAAAGGUCCCUCAAGUUAUGCGCCGCAGUCGGCAGGAAGAUCUCUCGACGAGGAAGUUAUUGGACACAACUGGGUUAAGCCCGGGCCAGGAAGGAAGCGCGCGCAUGGAUCAACGACUACACCACCCGGUUUACGACGUGGCAGGAGUGCAGUCGGUGAAGGAUCUCGCGAAUGA